AAGAAGGAAGAAAGUUUUCAGGGUGUGAGUGUCCAGUUGCUGCAUCUGGCUCUGGUUCCCCUGAGAAACUGUCAAAGUCAGCAUCUGAACAGUGCACACCCAAGGGCCUGAAAGCCACAGAGACAUCUCUCUUCAUGAUGGUAUGGACUGCAGGAUUGUUGAAGUCAUUCCUGCCGUGGGCACUCCAUCAUGAUUCCACAAGUAAUCACCAAUGAGACCAUCACAGUCAUUUCACCAAAUGGAACCAACUUUCCCAAAACAGACAGACCCCUCCCUACUCACGAGAGGCAAGACAGCCUGAAGAAACAUCUAAAGGCAGAGAUCAAAGUGAUGGCGGCAAUCCAGAUCAUGUGUGCUGUGAUGGUGUUGGCUCUGGGUAUCAUUUUGGCAUCUGUUCCCUCCGUUCCACAUUUUACCUCAGUGUUUUCAGUCCUUUUAAAAUCUGGCUACCCAUUUGUAGGAGCUUUGUUUUUUAUUAUCUCUGGAAUUCUGUCCAUCAUCACUGAGACAAAGUCAACCAAAACUUUGGUAGAUGGAAGCCUGACUCUGAAUAUCCUGAGUGUGUCAUUUGCUUUCAUGGGCAUCGUUAUCAUCUCUGUCAGCCUGGCUGGUUUGCAUCCUGCCUCAGAGAAAUGCAUGCAGAGCAAGGAGCUUAGACCAACUGAAUAUCAUCAUUACUACCACCACUCCUAUGACUCAGACAGGAAUGAGUGCUCUGUCGCCCAGUCUGUUCUGGCUGGAGUCUUUUCACUGAUGCUGAUCAGUACUAUGUUGGAGCUUGGCUUGGCUGUCCUCACUGCCAUGCUGUGGUGGAAACAGAGUCACUCUGACUUCCCUGGGAAUGUUAUUUUCCUGCCACAUAACUCAAAUAAUGACUCCAACGUGGAAUCAAAGGCACUUUGUAACCCCACAUAUGAGGAACAAUUGGUUUGUUAAGAAAAACAAAUCCAAUCAUCAAAAGGUAGCAAUGCUUGUUACUUAAAAUGUAGAUUUUAUUCAGUGAAGACUAGUAUGAGUUGAAUGGAUGUGUUAGUGGCACCCUAUUGAUUUUCAUGAGCUUGGCUUCCACCAAAGCUUAGACCUACAAAUAGUGGCCAGAGUCCCAGAUAUUUCUCAGAAAACUAAUGGAAUAUUUGAGGGCAUUGUGGUACAGUAAAGGGACAACAUUUUCUUGUCCCCUGCAAUUAAAAGCAACAGUUGACCACAGUCCUUGUAUUCAGAAUCCCUCUAAUGGCAUGGGUCUUUCAUCAUAUCAACUUUAUAGAAACAAGUGACCGGCAAUGAAGUCUCAAGAAGUGUAUAUGUUGUUGGUUCAAAAUAAAGUUUUCUGUGAUUGUAUGUUCUUUUUGAACAGGUUUUUGUUGUUGUUGUUUUGCUUUUAUGUACAAACCAAGUCCUCUGUGAUACAUAAAUACAUGUGUUUGUUAUUCUUUUGUUCUCAAUCAACCCAAAAAAGUAUGGAAAAAAACAAACAGAAAUAUAUAUGUCACUGUGUUUGUGUGUGUGUGUGUGUGUGUGUGUGUGUGUGUGUGUGUGUGUGAAUGUGAAUGUGUGUGUAUGUGUGUAUUAAACUAAAACUAAAUGAACAUUCAAAGUUUAGCAAUGUAUUUUGGAGGUACCAAAUAGAAUACUUAUUUCUAGAAUCACCAGAGCAAACAAGAGACAUUUCUUCACAUCUUAUAGGAGGUUAUAGAGAUGUCUCAGAGGUUAAGAGCACUGAUUGGUACUGUGAGGACAUGAGUUUUAUUACCAGAAUCCAUAUGACAGCUCACAAGCAUCUAUAACUUUAGUUCCAGAUGAUCUGACAUCCUUUUCUGGCCUUGGAGGGCACUAGACACACAUAUAGGACACAUGCAAACAUGCUUUCAUAUAAAAUACCCGUGAACAUAAAAUUUAUUUAAAAUGAAAUUAAUAGUAAAAUAUGGAAUGUUGGGAAUGACAGUAUAAUUAAGAUCGUGUUCUAUAAGACAUUAAGGUUUAUUUGAGUACACAAUAAAGUAUACUUCUUUUUCUUGUUCUUAUUCUUUUUCUCCUCCUACUUCUUUUUAAACUUCUUUCUCUUGUUCCACUUCUUCAUUCUUUUUCUUCUACUUCAUCUUGUUCUUCUUCACCUUCCUUUCUCCUUCUCCUCCCCCUUCUCCUCUUCUUCCUCCUUCUUUUUCUGCUACUUCUACCAAACUCAUUUGUAGAAGAGGAGAGUCUUUCUUUGAGACAUGUCCCAAACCCUGACCUACUGUCAAUCAUGUAUCUUCUCCUAGCUAGGGGAAGGAAGACCUACCAUCAAGAACUCACAGUUGAUGUUUUCCUCACUAUAUUCCCACUCUAGAUCAGUCAUCAUGGAUGGUGUCAAAUUUACCAACCUCUUAUUAAACAAGGAUACAUCAUUACCAACUCUACAGAAGCUACAAGCACUUAAAUUCACAGAGUGAACCAAACAGUUUACACAAAAAGAAAUGAGAACAAAUAGUAGAAAGAUAAAAAUUGUGAAAAGUCACCCAAAAUGAUUACCAUAAAAGACUUUAAAAUAUGAACGGUUAUAUAGCAAGUUAAGGAAUGGGAGCAACAAUCACAAACCUUACCAGCAAGUGAAACUCAGGUCCAGAGGGCUUCACCAGUCAACUCAUUUCAAUAUUUAAAGAAAACUAUACCAAUAAUUUGCAAAUGAAUGUUAAAAAGAAAGGAGGAUAGGACACUACAAUCUUAUUCUAUGAGUUUAGUGUCCUGCUACAGAAACAUUAUAUGAUUAGAGCUAUGGAAAAUACUUUUAGAGAAUUUUACACCUAUCAGUUCUGUCAGUGCAUCUUUUGUCAGAGUGCCAAUCACAGUGUGGGCAAAGACAUACCAAAUGGAAUCUCCUUUCUGCCUCUUCUUACCUUUGUGUAUUUUCAUAGCACAGUCACAGCACUUAAUGUCCUGUCUAGUACUUAGACUCUGUACAGUCCUCAAAAAGACUGCCUUGUUCUGGUGUAGGUUUGUGACAGAAGUGUUCCCAUGAAUCCUCCUUGGCCAUCUGCUUCCUGCUACUUCAUUGAACUUCACAGAAGAGCAUCUGUGAAACUGCAAGCAGGGCGCUCUAUUUGUAAGACACUGAUCUCUCCCCACUUCUUUCAUGCUAAUGACUCUGCCUCAAAGCCCAUCAGCAAGUGAACAGAUAAGGGAUUAAUGGCAAACAUACAGAAUGGAGCCAUAAUGAAAAAUCGAAUCCUCUCGUUUGUAGAAAAAUGAAUAGAAUAUGGAGCCAUUGAGUCAAUAAAAUGAAAAAAAGCACAAGAACACAGUACUGCAUUUUAUCUCUGAUAUGUAGAAACAAACAGACAAACACUUAAGAAUAUGAAAGUAGAAAAAACAGGCAGAGACCACACCUCAUCUCCAGCGAACAGGGUUAUGAGAGCUUCACUGAUGUACUCUACCAUAGCAAGGCCCAUGGAGUCCCCUGGGAUUCUGCUAUGGCGAAGCCCAAGGGUUCACCUUCCCGCUUGGCAAGAGCCUGCAGUAAAUUUAGUGCACUCUAUGCUUAUUCCCUAGAUCAUGUAUACUACAAAUUCUAUGUGCUUUUCCUAUGCUAUGUAUACUCAUAGGAAAUUUUAGUUUCAUUUUGUCAGUCACAGACAAGGACAGAGUCAUGCAGGCUGAAAGCCCUGUGGACAAUUCUUUUUUUGUUAAUACUCUUUCAAGGGGUAAAACCUUCCUCUCCUCUUUUUGCAUGUAUAGAUCCUCCAGACAUGACCAUUAAUCCUGAGUAUUUGGAGACAUGUAAUCAUGUUAGAGAAACAGCUAAAGUCAUACUGAAUAAACUUGUGCCAGGUGUAGAGAGUAGUGGGUCUUGUUUGCAAACCUGUUCUGAGGAAGAUAUGUCUGAUCAACUGAGACUUUAAAAGAUGAAGCUAUGUGCAAUCAACAGAUACUUAAAAUGGAGAAGCUAUAUCUGAUCAACAGAGACUUAGAAAAUAGGGAAGCUAUUUCUGAUCAAUAGAGACUUAAAAUUAGUUCUUGAAAAGCUGGUAUCAGGAAUUCAUAGGUACAUAUCAGGAAAGGUUACUUGGUACAAUAAACAUGUAUCUGUCUGCAAUUUAAAAAGUAUUAUGACAGAGGGGUGCUAUUUGAUGACUGAACUUAUACCCACAAAUGAUUAGUUCUGUCUUUUACUGAAUUUCCCAUCUAAAGUGGAAAUUUCUGUUUUUCUUGAAGAUUCAGUUCUAUCAUGUGAUAUUUUUCUGAAAACUCUAUUAUGAAAGGAUGCUUUUGUCAAACAGAUGAAAGGGAGGAUGUUUUGCUGAAAACAGAAACAAGGUGUUUAUCUGAAAGCAGCCUAGAAAAAGGGGUAUGUGAUGUUUUGCUAGAGCAGACACUUGAGAGAACACGUGAUGUUUGGAAAGGGUAUAAAUAGAACUCAACAGACAGUGGCCAGCAGUCACCCUUGCUACUCUAUGCUAGUUGUCAUCUGCUGUGACUUCAGAGAGAAAAGCCACCAAAGAACUUCUGGUGGUGUUCUGGUGGCUUCUUGCUGAUUCUUAGGCCAAUUGACAGAGCCUCACAGUUUCUUGCUGAUUGGACUGCUGUUGUUGAUUCCUGAAUGGUCUUCAUGAGUGACUCCAGCUACCUCUCCUGAGUCAUGGGAACGGAACUACUGAUAUCCUGACAAUGCAGAUUGGAUUCACUAGAAAGAACUAUUUCUAAACAGGCACUGGCAGACACUUCCCACUGACCUCUAUCAUGACUAAGAAGAUGAGGUGCCAAUCCUUUAACUUGACAUAACAUUGUAGUAUGCCAAAUCUGCUUUUUGCCCACUUUACCAUCUAGAAGUCUAUGUUUGGAUGUAAUGUUUUAUGUCUUUUUACAAUAAUAAAUGCAAUGAAUUUGUUGGUGUUGA